UAGAUAUUGUCAAUAGUGUACAAUAUAGCGUUAAGCAUGGACAGUACCUAAUUUAACUACCUCUUUUCCCCCAAUCACUGUCUUAGGUGAAGGACAUCUCACUGGAGGCCACAGGAGCUUUGUGAAGCCAGUAGGACACAACGUGUGGAGAGAUGACCAACCAAUAGUUAUAGAUGAGGGCAGGGGAACCUCCACCCAGCAUGUUAUCGUGAAAGCGUCUGCAGAUGCAGAGGCUGCAGGUCCUGGGUUCAAGCUGGAAAGGUAUGAAGGAAAGGAGGACCCACCACACAGCAGAGACAUCCAGACUGGAGUGCUUGCUGUAGCUACGGAGGUCCCCACCCUCGCCCCAGCACUGCCCAGGGCCCAAUGCAGCAUCACGGAGGUCAGUGGAACGCUGAACACCGUCCUCAAGUCAGAGACAGACACUGAGACUUUAACGGUGCUGGAGCGACUGGGCGGUCCUCCUGCUCCCCGCUCAGAGUAUUUAGUUUACGGGAGCCCGAGGACGGUUCUGUUCCAUCAGGACUCAGGUGAUGCGUUACAGACUGGCAAUGAUCCGUCCUGUUCAUACGCUACAGACACAGAGAUGAUACCUGGUGACAUGCCUGUGGGCUUAGAUACACAGACUAAUUCAAUGAGAGGGGACUGGAACCGGUACAGUAGUAGUGUCUACUCUGAAAUGUGUCUAGAUAAGAAAGGGGAGGGUCUGGUCAUAGAUGAGGUGACUGUGAAAGUGGAGGGUGACAUUCCUCUGACAUGGAAUGCAGACGAGACUCACUUAGGAGAAGGACACUCUCAGGAAAACAAGAGUGACUUCUUAGACUACAGGGAAAGCUUAGAGCCAAAUCCAAAUAUCGCAACCCACUCCCCUUUACACACGCUCAAGGAUCGCGACCCAGUGUCCACGUCUAUGGCACCUUCCGAUUCACACAACCGUGCCCUUUUCGAUCAGGUAUUGAACUCAAACGACAGGGCUAGAGCCCAGGCUCAGGGAGGGGGAGCAACAUCAGGCGGUAAUAAGGAGAAACGGUUCUUCUGCAUGUUCUGUAACAAAGGCUUCAACUGCCCUCAGAAGGUGGAGAUCCACCAGAGGGUCCACAUAGGGGUGAAACCCUUCAGCUGUACCCAGUGUCACAUGCGCUUCUCCCUGGCUUGGAACCUGAAGAUCCACCAGAGGGUCCACACAGGGGAGAAACCUUACAGCUGUACCCAGUGUCACAUGCGCUUCUCCCACUCGUCCAGCCUGAAGAGGCACCAGAGGAUCCACACAGGGAAGAAACAAUUCAGCUGCCCCUAGUGUGGGAAGAUGUUCUCCCACCAGAACCAGCUGAUGAUGCACUUGAAGUUUCACACAGGAGAAAGGUUGUGGGAAGAGGUUCUCAGAGAGGAGCUACCUCAGGAUACAUAAGCAGAAAAAACAUUUGACUCUAUAMUAUAGAAAAGUAACCAUUUCACUCGAUAGCUUC